UGCAGCCCGGAGUUGCCUCCUCGCAGGACAGAGCCCCUCCGGGCCCGGCCCCCUGCAGGACCGCGCUCCUCUCGUCCUCUCGGGAAGCGGGGCCGCUGCGCCUUUAACUGCGCGCCGCGCUCGUCCGCUCGUUCGUUGCUUCGCGAGAUUUGCAGCUUGGCGCCGCGACCUCAUGUGAGACACCUCCUGCUCGAUCCAGUCCGACGCUACCUCUGCAGAGGAAGACGCAAUGGAGCCCUGAAAGCCCCCGUUUCCAUUUCGACCCGCGCCCCGGGGGGACACGCACGCAGACAGCAGAUCGACUCGCAGCCGACGCGGCCGCUUCCAUUCGGUUAUUUUCCUUCCUCGAGGCGGAACAGGGCGGCGCGACGAUGUGGAUCCAGGUUCGUACGAUAGACGGGAAGGAGACGCGCACCGUGGAGGAUCUGUCCAGACUCACCAGGAUCGAGUCUUUACGCAUGAAGAUCCAGGACAUCUUCAACGUGAGCCCGCAGCAGCAGCGCCUCUUCUACCGGGGGAAGCAGAUGGAGGACGGCCAGACGCUGUUCGACUACAACGUGGGCCUCAACGACAUCGUGCAGCUGCUGAUCCGCUCGCAGAGCGACGCCCCGGACAGCCCCGCCGCCGUCGCCAAGGACCUGUCGGGCGCCGCCUGCAGCUCCGCCUCCGCCUCCGCCUCGGACCCCCGGCCUGAGGCAGAGCCCCGCCACGACUCCCGAGCUCCCGCCUCCCCCGCCGCGGUGGACGCCCCCGCCACCACGGACAACGGCGCCGGCGGCGUCGCCACCAGCACCGUCAACGACGCCAAGCCGGACGCCAGCGCCACCAGUAACUCCUCCAGUACCAAAAACGGACUCAGACCCUCCAGCCCCACUCAGGACGUCCAGCCGCCCACAUCCAGCAAGAGCGCGCUGGUGGACCCGGGCAUCGGCUCCUACAAGAUCAACGAGCUGGUGGACUGCAGAGACGUCAGCAUCGGAGCCUGGUUCGAGGCCUGCAUCGAAAAUGUGACGCGCGCUCCCAAAGGACAGAUAACCCCCCCCAAGGGCAAGGUGGGCCGGCCCCCGAAAAGGACUAACGGGAAGCUGGAGGCCGAGCAGAGCCAGCAGAGCCAGCAGGCUCAGACCACAGACACUAACAGGAAUACCGUGUUGAACUCGGAGAGCAACGGAGCCUCCACCUCUCAGACAGACUGUAGCGCGGCUCCAGACAGCAGGGAGAGGGAGGAGGACGUCAUUUACCACAUUAAGUAUGAAGACUACCCGGAGAACGGCGUGGUGGAGAUCCGGCCGGUGCACGUGCGGCCCCGUGCGCGGACGCUGCUGCGGUGGGACCAGCUGGAGGUGGGCAUGCGGGUGAUGGUCAACUACAACAUGGAGACUCCGGACGAGAGGGGCUUCUGGUUCGACGCAGAGAUCCUCUCGCUCAACCAGGCGUCCCGGACCAACAAGGAGCUGCGGGUCAACAUCCUCCUGGGCGGCCCUGAAGAUGUGAUCGCAGACUGUAAGGUCCAGUUCCUGGAUGAGAUCUACCAGGUGGAGAAGCCGGGGGUCCGGCCGCUCUCGGCCGCGGACGGACAGUUCAAACGGAAGAGCGGCCCCGAGUGCAAACACUGCAAAGCCGACCCCGACGCCGAGUGCCGCUUCUGCUCGUGCUGCGUCUGCGGUGGGAAGCAGGACGCGCACAUGCAGCUGCUGUGUGACGAGUGCAACAUGGCGUUCCACAUCUACUGCCUCAACCCGCCGCUGUCCACCAUCCCGGAGGACGAGGACUGGUACUGUCCAACCUGCAAGAACGACACCAGCGAGGUGGUGAAGGCCGGCGAGAAGCUCAAAGCCAGCAAGAAGAAAGCCAAAAUGCCCUCGGCAACUACCGAGAGUCAGAGGGACUGGGGGAAGGGUAUGGCCUGUGUGGGGCGCACUAAAGAAUGCACAAUAGUUCCUUCAAACCACUACGGGCCGAUUCCUGGGGUUCCUGUCGGGACCACCUGGAAGUUCAGAGUUCAGGUGAGCGAGGCCGGCGUCCACAGGCCUCACGUGGGGGGGAUCCACGGCCGCAGUAACGACGGCUCCUACUCGCUGGUGCUGGCCGGCGGCUUCGAGGACGAGGUGGACCGGGGCGACGAGUUCACCUACACGGGCAGCGGGGGUCGCGACCUCUCCGGGAACAAGCGGAUCGGAGAGCACUCCUUCGACCAGACGCUGACCCACAUGAACCGAGCUUUAGCCUUGAACUGCGACGCGCCUCUGAACGACAAGGACGGGGCGGAGUCCAGGAACUGGAGGGCGGGGAAGCCGGUCAGGGUGGUCCGCAGCUCCAAGGGCCGCCGCAUCAGCAAGUACGCUCCGGAGGAGGGCAACCGCUACGACGGCAUCUACAAGGUGGUCAAGUACUGGCCGGAGAUCGGGAAGUGUGGCUACCUGGUGUGGAGGUACCUGCUGAGGAGGGACGACAUGGAGCCGGCGCCGUGGACCCCCGAGGGCCUGGAGAGGAUCCAGAAGCUGGGCCUGGCCGUGCAGUAUCCUCCAGGCUACCUGGCCGCCAUGGCCAACAAGACCAAGAAGGAGGCGUGCGCCCGGCCGGGCCGCGGCGGCCGGGGGAAGCACUACCCGGGCCGGGGACGGCCGAGGAGGCAGCGCAAGACCAAGGAGAAGGACGAGGACGAGGACGAGGAGGAGGAGGAGUUCCUGGACGCCGCCAUGGAGGAGGAGGAGCCGGAGAGCACGGAGGAGCCGGCGGCCGGCGGGGAGGGCGACGCGCCUCCGGACACCGAGCCGCCCUCCAAGCGGGCCAAGGUGGAGGAGGCCUUCCAGCUGUCGGAGCAGCAGCAGCAGCUGAUCCAGGAAGACACGGCCAACAGGAAGCUGUGGGACGAGGCCAUGGAGAACCUGAAGGAGGGGCCGAACUUCCUGCGGAAGAUGGAGCAGAUCUUCAUGUGUGUGUGCUGUCAGGAGCUGGCCUUCCAGCCCGUCACCACCGCCUGCUCCCACAACGUGUGUAAGACCUGCCUCCAGCGCUCGUUCCGAGCCAAGGUGUACACCUGCCCUGCCUGCCGCCACGACCUGGGCCGGGACUACGCCAUGACCCAGAACCGGACGCUGCAGCUGCUGCUCGACCAGUUCUUCCCCGGCUACAGCAAGGGCCGAUGAGUGCGCAACCGCACGCGCAUCGACCCGUGCACCCGUUACUCCGCCUACACACACACAAGCACACACACACACACACACACACACACACAGGCCGUCGUGUACAGUGCACAUACCGCCAUCCGCCAUGUCUACAAUCAUUCACACAACCAACCUCACCGGGACUGACCUCAUCCGUCGAACAGGACUUCUCCAUCAGCACCACCAGCCUGAAUCUCCACACACACACACACACACACACACACGCCCACCCAAGGAGCCCCGCUGCCAUCUAUCCUCCACGAAUCAUCUGCAGGUGAUUGGCUUGUAGACUUUAGUUUGUCGCUGUCUGCCUCGUCCUCUCGGUUCCAGGUUCCAGGUUCUCGGUUCCAGGUUCUCGGUUCCAGGUUCCAGGGUCUAGGUUCUGGGUUCUAGGUUCUCGGUUCUCGGUUCUCGGUUCUACUCACUCUGCUACAGCAGAGCGAGCUCAGAUUCCUGCCAACCUGCUGACCUUUGUCUCGCCGUGCACGUACCUGGUCCGCUUCAGUCUGUUCAAAUCCACACGAGGGUUUAGAGUCAAACAGUCUCAGCCUGAGGGACCAGCAGGUUGUUUCUUUAGCGGCCUCAUCAGCUCAGACUCUCACUUCUGCUUCUACAGUCAGACUGUAGUGUGUUUCCCCGUUGGUCCGAUCCAGCUCCUGGUCUGAGGCUCACAUCACGGCUGCGAGCUGAAAACGGAGGAUUUCCGUUGUAGACACAGGACUCCUCGGGCUUAAUUGGACACGUUGGACGUCUGAAGGUUUUCUCUGCAGUCUUUUUGAUUGUCGUUGGGGUUGCCUAGCAACCGCCGCCGAGCAGGUCGUCUCUCACACACACACACACACACACAUGCAGUCAGCGUGCGCCGAGCUCAGCAGAUAUUCAUCUCCAGUGUGUAACGACCUACACACACCGUGCAGCGGAGUGCGCGCGUGCGUGCGUGUGUGUGUGUGUUUCAGGAGUGUAUCGUCUGCAGUCCGACAGACUGAGUCAGGAAAGUCAUUUAGUGACUUGAUUUCAAGCUCCGUGUGGUUUUCAGGGACGUGAUAGAAGAUUGAAAUCAGACGGAAGAAACGUCUGAAUGCAGAGAGCCUGAGGACGUCUGUUCAGGGUGUGUGUGUGUGUGUGUGUGUGUGUGUGUGUGUGUGUGUGUGUGUGUGUGUGUGUGUGUCUAUAAUCAUCUUUAAACCCAGUUUCUUCCAGACCUCCUCCCACAUUUUUAACAAUUUAUUUGGAUCUUUCACUUCUCACAGUUUUAGUGAAAGUACUUCUAACAAUGUUUCUUUGUUUUGCUUGUCUCGGCUCCCCCUCCUGGUCCAGAGUGGUAUUACAGCAGAACAGCACAGAACUGCUUCCUCUUUCAAACUGAACACACACACACACACACACACACACACACACACACACACACACACACACACACACACACACACACACACACACACUCACUCUCCAGAGCAGAGUGAGUGGUUUGCUUCCCUCCUGCUUCAGCAGGAUUUCCAGUGUUUCUGCAGAAACUGUUGUUUCUGCAGAAACUGUUGUUUCUAACGUUUGUCCAGAUAAAGUUCGGCUCAGUGAAACGUUGACGUGGCUUCGCUCCAGGGUCAGUUUGCUCUGCUGGGAUUUCCCUCAGAGGCGAGACGCUGCUCCAGUUGGUGGAUUUGUUGUUUGAGCAGCUGAGACGGGCGUGCACGUGGGUGUGGGCGUGCACGUGCUGCGAGCGCGGUUGGCAGGUCUGUGAUUGGAGCUCGAGAGCAGAGAGCUCACCCUCGCUUCCUGUUCCUCACGUUCUCCGCUUUAACAGAAGAAAGUCGCUCCGUUCUGCUUGAGACGAGGACUGAACUGAAGCCCCCCGACCCCCAGCUGACCUCCACCUGACCCCCGCCUGACCCCCACGGGGCAGAAUGACUUGUGUGUGCCAAUGUUUGUGCUCGUGCAUGCUCAGAUUUGUGAGUGUGUGAAAACGGGGACCUGUGGACGUCUGAGGCCUUUCUGGGUGAAGCACUUACUUUGCCCCUGAUGCUGACUGGCAGGCUCCCUGCAAACCAAGCCCCUUACAGCAGAAGAGCUCUGUGAAGCCUGACAGGUGAGGGCCUGGGGUUUGUUUUGCCCUCAGUAGUGACUAGCAGGCUAACCCUGGUUAACCUGGAUUCCCUUUGCUGAGUUAGCGCUGUAGCUUUCCUGCAGUUUCGUGUCGCAUCGUGAAAUGAACAUUUAAAAUUCAUGCAGUGAGACAGAAACCUGCAAGUUCUCAUUCAGGGCAAACAAAGCCCAAUACAGCAGAAAAGCUAAAUCCACAUGUAAAGUAUGUGAAAAGGUGAAAGUGGACACGUGCAGGUCUGGGUCUGAGUUUGCCCUCAGGAAUGACUGGCAGGCUCACCUUCAUUAACCUGCAGCUUGCCUGUAAGCCCAGAAUGGGGGAAAACGAUGGUGGUGUGAGAGGUGGAGGCAGACAUUCACGGGUCCUUGAAGGUUUGCAAACAAAGAAAUACUGCACACACACACACACACACACACAAAUAAAGCUCCGCAGGUUCAGAUCUACAUUCAGAUACCAGUACACACACACCCAGAUAACAGCCCCACACACACCUUCUCGGGCAGGCUGUCUGUUUGUGGUGAUGUCCUCGUUUCCGUUCAAUCGUUCAGGUUUUUGUUUUCUCUUCAUUUUAUUUUUUAAGGGUUUUUUUUUCCUUUUUUUUUUAAUCAGCAUCAUUCAAGUCCCACUGCUCCUCUGGUCUUUGACGCUCGCUGUGAUGUGCAUUACUUCCGCUGUCGCUUACCUCCCGUUCAGGUUCCUUUCUUCCUGGAGCUGGCCGCCCCCCCGCUGUGACUCCGCCCCUCGCUGUCCUACAGUACUAACCACUUCUAGCCGUCUCGUGGACGCUUGGCUUCAGUGCUGUUUUCUUUUCUCCUCCUCAGUUGCUUCUUCUCCCCCUCUCUUGUAAUCACUCAUUUCUGCCACCGGCGCCGGUCUGAGGACUUCAUUGCUUCAUAUUGUGAUCUGAAAUUUUAUACAUGUCAUAAUAAUACUUGAUAUGUACCUAUUAAAUAUUUGGAUUCAAGAAAA